GAUGAAAACAUACAGGCGCUGGAGACAGCCGUGAAGAAGGGCCUCAAGGCGCUGGCGCAGAUGAGCGAAGUUUUUGGUGCGUCCGAUGACUGGGACACUGAAGCCGACUGGGUCACCAAGAUCAAGCGAACGAUCUCGAAAGCUCGCAAGGAAAAGGUCGUCAUUGGGAUUGUUGGAAGCACUGGCGCGGGAAAAUCAUCUUUGAUCAACGCGCUAAUCGAUGAAAAACACAUCCUCACUACGGACUGCAUGCGAGCAUCCACAGCGGUCCCAGUGGAAGUCUCUUACAACAAGCAAGCAUCAAGAUACAGAGCAGAAAUUCAAUUCAUUGAGCUCAGACACUGGGAGCGCGAGCUGAACAUUCUAUUUGCAGAGCUUGGUGACCAUAGUGAGGAACUUGCUCGCGGCGAGAUGCCAAAGGACUCAGAGGCAGCGGUCGCCUUGGAUAAGAUCAUGGCUGUGUAUCCAACCUUGAAGCGGGAGCAUCUUCUCGAAACCUCGCCUUCGAAGCUUUUGGAGGACAAAGUUGUAUUCGACCUACUGGGCCAGAGUAUGGUGAUUGAAGAAAAUGACUCUAAGAGUUUCUCAGAGAGCCUUAAGUCAUAUAUCGAUAGCAAGGGCAAGAAAAAGAACGAGCUGAAAUCCACCGACCCGGGCAUUGGACUGUGGCCUCUUGUUCGCGUUGUGCGGGUCUAUGUGAGGGCCGGAGCUUUGUCGACAGGAGCUGUUCUAGUUGAUCUUCCCGGAGUUUACGACUCAAAUGCAGCGCGAGUGGCCGUGGCGAAGGAGUACAUGAAUUGUUGCUCUGCUCAUUGGAUUGUGGCGCCCAUUAAUCGCGCAGUCAGUGAUAAAGUUGCUCAUGAUCUGUUGGGCAAGAAUUUCAAAAUACAGAUGCACAUGAACAGUGCAUUCAACGAUAUUACAUUUAUCUGCACCAAGACCGACGACAUCGUUCCAAUAGAAGUGGUGCAAUCUCUAGGUCUCGAGCUGCCACCUGUUGAGAAUUUUGAAGCAUCGGAAAGGUUUGAGGGCUUGAAGAUAGAGCUUCAAGCAAGCAGAAGGUCGAAGAAAAAGAUUGCCGAUGAUCUGGACGACAUCGAAGAGAAGAUCGAAGAGCUGGAGGCGGAGUUAGAGGAAGAAGGUUUCAAUCUCGACGAUAUUAUGCUUACUCCAAAAAAAAGGAAGAAGGCCCGUAACGCUAGGAGCACGCCCGAGGAGUUGCUCGCGACCAUGACCUUUUCAGAAAGCAUUGAAGACCAGGAUGAAGCUGAAGGUGAUCAAUCAAUACUCCUGCGCCAGCUGCAUAGAUACAAAGCCCAGCGGAGGGAGCUCCAGAAACAACGACGCCUCAUCCAAAAAAGAAUUCAGACAUACGAGUUAACUGAGUUUGAGGAUCUCCGACGAUGCAUUGAGGCUCGGAAUGACUUCUCGAAGCAUGAGAUCAGACGUGACUUUGCUCAGACCAUUGCGAACCUAGAUCGAGAGGAUGAGCAGGCUGAUAGAAGUAUUCCCCAGACUCCGACCAGAGACUAUAGUGAACUCGAACGAAACCUUUCGGUGUUUUGUGUGUCCGCUAAAGCUUAUCAAGGAAUUCGUAGCCGUCCAGAGCCAGACACCCGGGUCGGUGGGUUCUGUCGACUGGAACAGACAGAGAUUCCUGCUCUACAGCGGUACUGCGUUGCGCUGACGAUCAAAUCCCGUGAACGAACUGCGAAACGGUUCUUGAUUGCGCUCAAUUCGCUCCUCCAAUCAAUAGCGAUAUGGUGCUCUCCAACUAAGUCAGCAGCGACUAUCUCUGAUCAGGAGAAACAGGAAAUUGAGGCCGGAUUCAGU